AUGAACUGGAUCAAGUUACCCAAAAAGAAACGAAAAAUGAUAAAUCAGCAGAGGAUUUUUGUACUUCUUAUUGUGCUCGUUUUGGCUGUUGUAACAUACGCCCACCACUCUCAUUCGUAUUCCCAUUCCCAUGAACAUCAUCAUCACCAUCAUCACGGAGGAUAUUAUGGAGGUGGAUAUGGUGGAGGAUAUCAACCAUAUGGAUACGGAAAUAAUGGAUACAAUGGAUACUAUCAACAAAAUUAUUGGGGAAGAAGGAAAUAG